CAACAACGAACAAUCGCAAAGACUCGUUGCAACAACUUUACGAAACCUCAACUAAAUCGAAAAAAAAGAAAACGAAUGCAAACCCCUUGGCGGUCUUGGCGGGGUACUGACGCUGUAAAAACAUUGCCGACAAUUGGCCGAAAUUAGUCUUGGCGGGACCUCUUUAGCCAUCAGCGCUAUCCGUGCUCGCUCCCCAUAGCCCCGUGCAUCUGCGGAUACUACCCCUGACAAUCAGGUCGAUUGCCAGACACCGACCACCGUUGCAGCCACUUUCAACCCGAUUGAAGCUUCGUGCAUGAGAAUGCCGACACAACAUCGCAAUGUCUUCAAAUAGGAAAUACGCGGCCCUGCCAGACCUGGACUCGGCGCCAGAUAUCUACGAAACCCCCGAUCUCACCGACGACCAUUCGACAGUUCCGCCCACCACCGUGCAAUCACCUUCGGACAACGAAUACGACGAAGAUGAGGAACACGCCGCUGGGAUCUCGCGGUCGCGCCUCCGAGUAAGAGAAGCCCGGUCGAAGUUCAUGCCGGCUGCGGUCGAUGCGAAUGAUGUAGACUUCUCGGACCGCCUGGACGGCAAACGAAAGUCGUACAAGACUUCGACCCGGCGACACCGCGUCCUCGAGGAUGGGACCGAGGAGCUCGGCGACUUGAGCGAUGAGGACGAUGCAGUGAACCUUGCGCGAAAGAUUGCUCGGCUGAGGCGGGAGAUCGAGGUGGUCAAGGACGAAUAUGGAAAACAGAAGGCGGCGGCGGAGAAGUCAAAGGAAGAAAGGGUCACGGAGGACGAUAUCGAGUCGCUCAGCAAGGUCCUGGAUGAGAUUUCGCGCUUCGAUGACAGUCUCACCUCUCGCCAUCUUCCUGCCACAGUACCACCGCCCGCAGCCGUUGGGCAAAAUGUCGAGGGAGACCCAACGGACGGUGUCAGCUACACAAUAACGUACGCACCAAGCUACGAGCAGACCCAUGCUUUGGCGAAGGCUGCGGAUUUCGAUCGUCGCCUCGUGGUGCUCGAGAAGGCCCUGGGAGUGGGCUCGGCAGCGAUGCCCGAAUUCGACUCAAACGGACUCCCGCGGGCCAUCAUCCCUCUCCUGGAGCACCUCCACAAGCAAAUCUCGACCCUGUCCGAAGCCUCGGUUCCGUCAUUGGAUAGCAUCAGCAGGAGAGUACGGGCAUUGACCCAGGAGGCCGAGGCUCUCGAGAAGGCGCGCCGGAACGCCAAGGCAGCGCACGAGGCGCUUGCCUCGGCGGGAGCAGCGCCGACGGCCGAGGCCACUGCGAUCGAUGACUCCGAACAGACAGCCAAGAUCAACGCGCUCUACGGGACGCUGCCGACCAUCGAGAAUCUGGCCCCUCUCCUUCCGCCCCUGCUCGACCGUCUCCGAUCGCUGCGUAUGAUCCAUGCCGAAGCCGCAACGGCGUCUCAGACUUUGGAGCGCAUCGAGAAGAAGCAGGCCGAUAUGGCUGCCGAAAUUCAGCAGUGGAGAGAGGGCCUAGAGAAGGUGGAGGCCGCCGUUAGGGAGGGAGACGCGACCAUGGUCAGAAACAUGGAUGUGAUGUCGCGGUGGGUGAAGGACCUCGAGGACAAGAUGUCGAAGUUGUCUCCAUGAGCAACGAACAAAUCGCAAUGAUACCCAAUUUCAGAUACAA